CCCCUCCGCACCCCCCGCAGGUGUCAGGUACAACGCAGAGAAGAAGAAGGUGGGGUCCUACUACACCACCCCCGUGUACAGGUUCAGGAUGAAGUGUCACCUGUGCGUCAACUACAUCGAGCUGCAGACGGACCCCGGGAACUGCGACUACGUCAUCGUCAGCGGGGCGCGGCGCAAGGAGGAGCGCUGGGACCCCUCGGACAGCGCCCAGGUCCUGCCCACCUGUGAGUGCCAGCGCGGCCCCGGGGAUGCGGUCACGCCCUGCUGCCGUGGCCCCGGUGCUUCCCGGUGUCUCCCGGUGCUUCCCGGUGUCCCUGGUGUCCUUGGUGCCACCAGUGUGUCCCAGUGCCUCCCGGUGUCUCCCGGUGCUUCCUGGUGUCCCCGGUGUCCCCAAUGCCUCCUGGUGCCCCUGGUGCCUCUCGGUGUCCCCAGUGCCACCAGUGUGUCCCGGUACCUCCCGGUGCUUCCUGAUGUCCCCAAUGCCUCCUGGUGCUCCCAGUGCUCCCAAUGCUUCCCAGUGGCCCCAGUGCCUCCCGGUGAUUCCCGGUGCCCCCAGUGCCUCUCAGUUCCUUCUGCUGCCUCCCGGUGCAUCCCGGUGUCCCCAAUGCCUCCUGGUGACCCUGGUGCCUCCCAGUGCAUCCCAGUGAUUCCCGGUGUCCCCAAUGCCUCCUGGUGACCCCGGUGCCUCCCAGUUCAUCCCAGUGGCCCCGGUGCCUCCCGGUGAUUCCCAGUGGCCCCAACACUUCCCAGUGCCCCUGGUGCCCUCGGUGCUUCCCGGUGCUCCCGAUGCCUCCUGGUGACCCCGGUGCCUUCUGGUGCCUUCUGCUGCCUCCCGUGUCCCCAAUGCCUCCUGGUGCUCCCAGUGCCCCCAACACUUCCCAGUGCCCUCGGUGCCUCCUGGUGCCUCCCGGUGCUUCCCAGUGUCUCCUGGUGUCCCCAGUGCCCCUGGUUCUCCUGGUGUCCUCAAUGCCUCCCGGUGUCCCCAGUGUCCCCCACUGUCCCCAGUACCCCUUGGUGUCCCCAAUGCCCCCCGGUG